CCCAGUUAAAUGAGCAAACACAACAGAUGGAAAGUUCCUGAGCUCAGAGUCCAAGGCCCAGGUCAGGCUCAGGAGAGCAGAGACCGCCUCUGGAAGUCUUUCUCUGCACUGACCAAACCUUUCUUGUCCACUACCUGUAACCAGCAAGUGGGAACAGAAGGAGGAGAGACCAGCUGAAAGGAGACUCCUCAGCAUGUCAGAACACCUGGCCUCAUCUCAUCAAGUCCAGUCUCAGAGAAGCCCAUUGUUUAUUCAGAGCACCUGCCCACAACCCACAAUGGAAGGAACAUCUGUUGAGAGGAACAUUGAUAAAGACAAAACAAGUCCAGAAGAUUGUCUCAGAAGGUAGAGCAGAACGUCUGCUCCUCACAAGGAAUUCAUUUCAUCGUGACUUCUGCCCUGUGGCUUAGCUGUCCAGAUGGAGCUAAGUUCUUGCUCAGCAAAAAUGGCCUUCAUGAAGAUGAGGCUGGUUUGUGCUUUCAUUCUCAUGAUGGGAGUUCUUUGCUUCUACUUCAGCAUGGAGCCUUUUGAGGAACCACCACUUGUUCUCAAGAAAGGUCACAAGAAGUUCCUCCAGCUUCCAGAUAUAGACUGCAAGCAGAAGCCCCCUUUCCUUGUGCUGCUGGUGACUUCAUCCCACACACAGCUGGCAGCUCGCAUGGCCAUCCGCAAGACAUGGGGUAGAGAAACAGAGGUGCGGGGACAGCAUGUGAAGACCCUCUUCCUUCUGGGGGCCUCAGACAGCACCGAUGAGAUGAAUGCCACAUCUCAGGAGGCUAAGCAGCACCGUGACAUCAUCCAGAAGGAUUUCAAGGACGUCUACUACAACUUGACCCUGAAGACAUUGAUGGGCAUGGAGUGGGUCCACCACUUUUGUCCUCAGGCAGCUUUUGUGAUGAAGACAGACUCAGACAUGUUUGUGAAUGUUGGCUAUCUGACUGACCUGCUGCUGAAAAAAAACAAAACCUCCAGGUUCUUCACAGGCUACAUAAAGUCCAAUGACCAUCCCAUCAGGAAAAAGUCCAGCAAGUGGUUUGUGAGUAAAUUUGAAUAUCCCUGGGACAGGUACCCACCUUUUUGUUCUGGAACAGGUUAUGUCUUUUCUAGUGAUGUGGCCAGCCAAGUAUACAAUAUCUCACAGAGUGUUCCAUUCCUCAAGCUGGAGGAUGUGUUUGUUGGGCUCUGCCUGGCUAAGCUGAAGAUCCGGCCUGAGGAACUCCACACCAAACAGACCUUUUUCCCGGGUGGCUUACGCUUCUCUGUGUGCCGCUUUCGGAAAAUUGUGACCUGCCACUCUGUGACACCUCAGAACUUAUUCACUUACUGGCAGGCACUGGAGAACUCUCAGAAACUGAAUUGCCCUUCUUUCUGAGGAAACAUCACAGUUGGGGAGCAGACUCAUUUCACCUGGCCAUGGAAGACAAAAAAUACCCUCCGUGACUAGAAGCCACUCAUGUGAAACCGAAGACAAAGAUUUGUGGUCAAAUCUGAUUUUCUAAAGGAUAAAAAAAUUAAAUGUCUGUGACAUUGAAUCGUGUUUGGAAUUGUCAUUUGCCUGUAUAUUGAUAAGGUUCUACAGGAUGAUACUGUGUUUUUGGAGCAGGUAUAUGUAUUUAUGAUUUGUUAAUAAUGAUACAUAUCUUUAAUAAAAGUUUAAUUAUAAGCAGCAUAAUGCAUUUGAGUUGUUAUAAUUUACAGCUUAUCUAAAGUUAUCCAUAUCUGUAUGUAUGGUCUAAAUUCUGUUACCUUUUUUUCAUUGGUCUUUGUGUUUGGAAGUUUUUUUUUUAAUUUGGCUUUGAUUUUUGUAUGUCUAGAAAUAUAAUGCAGAAGAGUCUUGCUUAUGUUUUAAAUAUAAGAGGACAUCUUGUUUCAAUCGUGUUUUGGAAGUCACAGAACUCUACAGUUUAAAAGGCGUUCAGGGGCGGUGAGCCUUGGGUGAGCAGUGUGGCACUCUUGGUAAUUAUAAGUCCAGACAGUAGGCAAUCAUUCUUUGGAAUUGCUUUCUCUGUGGAGUACUUUCCUAUUGUUUUAGCCUAAGGAAUUAACCUUAUGGGUUGACUGGCUGUGCCUUCGGCAUCUUUGAUCAUUAUUUGUUUUUGAGGUUCAGCUUGGAUCUUCGAUCUCUCAUGUGUCACUUAAAUGGAAAUAAAGUGAAUA